AAAUUCUGCAUGGAAAAUGUAUGAAGUGAAAAAAUUUAAUAAUAAAUGUAUUUUAAAAAAUAAAUCAUACAAGGAAUUAUCUGUUAUUUCUAAUGUGACACAAUAUAUGUCAAAUGGAAUUUGGAACUUACUUUAUAAUAACAAUUUUGAAGGAAUGUCAGAAAUAUGUUGUAUACGUUAUACAAAUAAAGAUCAAUUAUUAUUAUUCUUUGAUAUAAUGCAAAAAUUUCAAUAUAUACAAUAUUAUAGUGAUUUAAUUAAGAUUAUUGUAGAAGAUAUACUUCCUAACAUGAAGACCUUCUUUGAUUAUACACAAUUGGAAUACGUGAAAAUUUAUAAAAUGAUUUCUAUUCUCUAUCAAGGUUUAGAUCCAAAAAUUCCUAUUUUAGUGAAUACCAAUACUGCAACUUUUAAAGAUAAUGGUAUGUGUCAUUCUGAAGGUGGUUGGCCAAAAGAUUUAAAUGCAACAGAUAUAGAACAAGCUAUGAGAUAUAGACGUAAAAUAGAAAAAGAUGAACUAUAUAUUCAUACAAUGCUUCAAUUGUUGCCUCCAAUGGAACAAUGCAUUUCGCAGAAUAAUGUAUGUAAUAUUUAUGAACAAUAUUUUAAUUAUAUGGAACCACUUUCUUUAAUACAACAAGUAUAUUCACGUACAGUUAAUGUAUAUCGUGAUAUUUUACCAAUAAAAAGACAAAUAACACAUCUUUCAUGGUCACCAGAUCAAGGAAAUCGUUUUGCAGCUUGUUAUUGUAAUACUGAUUUUAAAAAUGCAAUAAAUAACAAUUUUCAAUCAUAUAUUUGGGAUGUAGAAAAUCCAAAUAUACCUUGUGUGACUUUAAAACCAUUCUGUCCAAUUCUAACAUUGGAAUACAAUCCCAAGGAUAGCAACAUAUUAAUUAGUGGAUUAAUGACUGGUCAAGUAGCUUGUUGGGAUAUUAGAAAAGGAUCAGAACUAGUUGAGACAAGUUUAAUGGAAUUUAGUCAUAGAGAUUUAUGCAAUAAAGUUUUAUGGAUAAAUUCUAAAACUGGCACAGAAUUUUUCAGUGCUUCAAAAGAUGGACAGAUAAUGUGGUGGGAUAUUAGAAAAUUACAAAUGCCUACAGAAACAUUAGUAAUUGAUUUAUACAAACCUGAUGAUCAGAAUAUUAAUAAAGCAAUUGGAAUUUCUGCAUUACAAUUUGAACCAUCCAUGGGUACACGUUUUAUGUGUGGUCUUGAAAAUGGUAUAGUAAUAUCAGGAAAUCGCAAAGGUAAAACUUCAAGUGAAAAAAUUGCAACAAGAUUCAAAGCACAAUAUGGACCUGUAAUAAGUUUAGAAAGAAAUCCAACAUUUGUUAAAAAUUUUUUAACUGUUGGAGAUUGGACAACAAGAAUAUGGUGUGAAGAUUGUAAAGAAUCUUGCAUUGCUUGGACACCUGGUCACAGAGAUUUUUUAAUGGGUGGAGCUUGGAGCAUGACACGAUUUUCGGUAUUUUUUUUGAUAAAAAUGGAUGGAACAUUAGAUAUAUGGGAUUUGUUAAUUCAACAAGAUUCUCCAGUUCUUAGUGUGAAAGUUUGUGAUGAAGUAUUAACAUAUAUAAAACCACAUGAACAAGGACAAUUAGCAGCAAUAGCUAAUAAGAAAGGAACAAUAUUUUUACUUGAAUUUUCAAAAGCUUUAACAACUAAUCAAAAAAAUGAUAAAGUUUUAUUUACAACAUUUCUUGAUAGAGAAACACGUAGAGAAAAGGUAAAGGAAGCUAAAAACAGAGAACAAAGAUUGAAAAUGAAAUCUCUUCGAAAUAUAAAUUUUGAAAUUGAAUGUUCAAUAGGAAAUACAAAAAAUGAUGAAAAAAAUCUUAAAUAUUUUAAUAAUCAUGAUGAAAUAUUAAUACAUUGCGAAGAAGAUUAUGAAAAUGCUAUAAAAGCAGAAUUAAUAAAAGAAUAAAAACAAGAAAUAUAAU